CCCAGUCAUAAUUAUUUAAAGUGGGACAUCCCGCCAAGAUCUCGACUCCCAACACGAUCUCGUUCUCUCGCAUUCAUUCAUUCAUUCAGCUUCGACGCCUCGAAAAGCAGGUUGAAAGUCACUAGCACGAUACACCGAAAUCCCAGCCAUGUCGAGAGCAUUUGCAUUCAUCAGAGCCUUGAAUCAGAAGAUAAGGUCGAACAAGGUGACCGAUUAUUUCUGCUCUACCCACUUCUGGGGCCCAGCAUCCAACUUUGGGAUUCCUAUUGCGGCCAUUCUUGAUACCUACAAAAGUCCCGACAUGAUAUCCGGUACUAUGACAGGCGCCCUUACAGUCUACGCUUUUACUUUUAUGCGUUACUCUCUGGCCGUUACCCCUAAGAAUUAUCUCCUCUUCGCCUGCCACACCCUCAAUGCAGGGGCCCAGGUGACUCAGGGCUAUCGCUGGACGCAAUAUCAUUACGGCAAUGGCAGCAAGGGAAAAAUAGAGGAGAUCCCAGGUGCGACUAAUUAGAAGGGAGUUUGAGAGAAAUCGUUGCAGGGAAACAGGGGAAAAGGUGCAGGAAAAGUUACGGCUGUGAAAUAAAUGUGCGAAAGCGAGCAUGGAAUCCGGGCCCACCAACACGAAAUGACACAAACAGAGAGAACGGAACGAAACCAGAUGACAUGAUCAGGAGAUGGUGAUAUGCCUCAGCCUUGUCCAAGUCAUUCAGAGCCCCCGAGAAUUUCCCAAGCUGUUGCUGAAUCCGUGCGUGGUUUCGUAAGAAUCGGUCCAUAUUGAAUUUCCUGUCACGAACAUGGUCCGGGAAGCUUUUAGCGAUCGAGAUCGCUUUGUCCAAGUAGGGAAGGGCUUCUGCGGCUUUGAAGGCGGAGCAUAGAGUAUAGCCAACAUCGCUGUACACAUUUGCGAGGCCAUUCUCUUCAGGACUAUCAUGCUUCAUAAAAAC